AGAUUAUGCACGUUCGUUAUGGACACCACAACACGUCUCGCCAGGCAAUUGCGAGCGACGAGAUGAAGAAAGGAGAGAAAGCCGACGGCCCCGAGGCGAAUGAGAUGGCGCCGCUUCUUAUGGACCGACAAACUAGCGGACACCAGGUUUGCAUCGACUGGGACGCGGCUAUUGACACACAAGAGUCGUCGUCGCCGUCGUGGUCGCGCGUGGUCAACGGGGUGGGCGUGAAUUGCCUCUCCGGCGGCAUUGCAUUCAUGCUGACGUCGACAAUUGCCGUGUCGACAGCGAGCGUCCUCGUCGGCACCGCGACGCCUCUGUCGGCGUAUGUUGCCAACGCCAUCGACAUGCAUCUCCUCGGCACUGCAAUCAUGUGCUUGUUUCUAUCGUGGCAAAGCACAGUGCCGUAUGCGAUGGGCGCCAUCGAUGCUUCCAUUGUGCCCAUUCUGGCCGAGAUGGCCCAGCAGAUCAGCACCACUCUGCAGCACGACAUGUCGAUGGUGGUCCCGACAGUGCUCGUAGCCUCCGCCAUCGCUUCGGUCUUCAUCGGCUGCAUUCUCUUCCUGCUGGGUUACUUCCGACUUACGUCUGUCGUCAACUACCUUCCCUUUCCAGUGAUUGCCGGGUUUUUGUCUGGACUCGGUGGUGUGCUCAUCAAAGAUGGCUUUGAAGUCAGUGCCAAUGUCGCGUUUCCGACCACGCUGUCCACUCUGACGCUUGCAAGCCCCACCGUCCUGUUUGCCUUGCUUGCGUCUGCGGCGAAGCCCUUCCACGUGUCCCCGACAGUCGUGUUUCCGAUCUUGAUCUUGGGCUCGAUUGGGGGCUUCCACGCAGUGGCGUGGGCGUCCGCCAUGGAUCAGGCUCCGUGGCUGUAUAACUGGUCUCCCCGCAUGCUCAACGAGACACGUCGAUGGUACUCGUGGGUCGAACUCUCGUGGGGCGAUGUUCAGUGGUCCGCUCUAGCCGCCGCGAUAGGUGGAAUUGCCCCUACGCUGCUCCUGCUAGUUUCGCUCAAGUACUCGGUCUUGAUCGGGUCGCUCUCGACAAUCUUCCAGCGCAACAUCAACAUCGAUGUCGAGGUCCAAACGAUUGGGAAGGCCAACAUCAUCGCGGGUCUCGUCGGGUGCUGCGGUGGCACGCACUACGUAUCCGCCAUGGCGCUCAUGGCCAACUUCCAGGCACAUCCACGGAUCCCCGUGCUCAUUUGUGCCGCGCUGCACGUCGCGCUGUGGGCCGUAGGACUCGCCCCCCUCCUCGUGAUCCCCAAGUUUGUGUUUGGGGGCCUCCUCAUGUACAUUGGCUUGCAUUUUCUGGAAAACUACAUGGUCGCGCCGGCCUCGUUCCUGUCGCGGUUGGAACUGUUGACGAUUCUCGCGACGAUCGGUAGCUUUCUUACACUCGGGGUGCUGCCCAGCAUGGGCGUCGGCAUCGUCUUGUCCAUGCUAAAUGCUGUCUUGAACCUGCAUGUGUCGGGGUGCAUCCACCAUGACGUGGCACUGCCAGAGCACGCCACGUACGUCGUUCACUUGCACGGCAAUCUGUCCUUUGCCAACGCGAUGCAAGUGCACACGGUGGUCGACACCGAGUGGCAGACCCGCCCAUUCCAAACGCUCGUGCUCGACUUUGAACGAGUGGUUCUCGUGGACGGCUCGUUUCUUCAGAUCCUCCGACGGCUUCAAACGAUCGCGGACCGGUGCCAUUUUGCCAUGCAUCUUUGCCACGUCCCAUCGUCGGUUGAGGCGCAAUUUGCCACGUUGUCGCUACCGCACCUCGACAACUUAAAUCACAUCAUGCAGCGCCAUCGCACGUGCCACCACAACGCUGACUCGUACGGCGCGUUGCAUGCGUCGUGGACGCAGUAUGUCGCCGAGACCGGUGGAAACGGUGCACCGCUUGCAGAAGUUGUUCAAUACUUGGAUGCUGUGGAGACACUGGCCCCGCACACCACGGUCGACUCUCCAGGCCCUGGGGCGUGGGGGUUUCUGUGUCGCGGGCACUUGGACAUUUAUGACGCCAACUUGCGCGCAAAGGUCGGUCACGUUCGCUCUGGCCGCACGAUACCCAACUUCCACGGCGACAUGCCCCACCAUACGAUCGUAGCCGCGACCGAAUGUGUGGUUGUCCGUAUGCACGCAUCAUCGUGGCGGCAGCUCCAAGUCGAGAAUCCCCCGCUUGCAAUCUCGUUGCUAGAGCAGUCACAUAUCGUGGCGCACACGUGGCAGUCCAUGUAACGAUUGGCGAUCCCACAGCAUUGUCGAUGUGUCGAGUGCCCAUGGAACAAAUAUGAAGCGAACUGUUUCGCUGGACCGAGCUUGACACUGACGGUAUGGGCAGCUCGCGCUGCAGCCAUUCCGUGCAAGGGUGUUGGAUUGUUGGAGGGCUUUAGGGCACUUUAAGCGCUACUUUCCAGAAGGGCCUCAACUGAAUCGUUGUCGUACUAGUGAUCAAGGUGGUCGAGCUGAGGAACUUGCAAAGGUUGUUGCGGAAUACAAAGAGCGUAUACUGCCACCCUGUGCCAUGGGUAAUCGCC